CUCCUUCUCCAAGAUGGCGGCCGUCGGCGGCGCUGAGGCGGGAUCCGAGCGAGCCGAGUGAAGACCUGGUCCUGUAGACGGGAAGGAGCCUGGACACAGUGACACAACACAUUCUCAAAGGCCCUGCAGGACCACCAUGGCUUAUGAUGACUCCAUGAAGAAAGAAGAUUGCUUUGAUGGUGAUCACAGCUUUGAGGACAUAGGACUUGCAGCUGGCCGAAGCCAACGAGAAAAGAAGCGGUCUUACAAAGAUUUCUUAAGGGAAGAGGAAGAAGUUGCUGCGCAGGUCAGGAGUUCUUCCAAGAAGAAGUCACACUCCUCUCCUGGCCCAGAAGGCUGUGGGUCUGAUGUCUCCCAGCUUCCAGAACCCCAUAGUGCCAAUCUCGACAUCACAGGGCUUGACCCAAUUCUAGUAGAGUCCGAAUCGUCCUCAGCUGGGGAGCUGGAGGCCGGGGAGCUGGUGAUAGAUGACUCUUACAGGGAGAUCAAGAAGAAGAAGAAGUCAAAAAAGAGCAAAAAGAAGAAGGACAAAGACAGACACAAGGAGAAGCGGCACUCCCGGACCAAGAGAAGCUCUGCCAGAGAGCAUGGCACUGCUCGGGAGCACGGGCUGAUACCCGGCCCUGCCUCCAGUAUCCCCACCCUGCCACUUCCUGCUCUACACACAGACGGACAUGGGGAGAAGAAAAAGAAAAGGGAAGAGAAAGACAGAGAGAGAGAGAGGGGAGAAAAGCCGAAAAAGAAGAACAUGUCUGCCUACCAGGUAUUCUGUAAGGAGUACCGGGUAACCAUUGUGGCUGACCAUCCAGGUAUAGAUUUUGGGGAACUUAGUAAAAAAUUGGCUGAAGUAUGGAAGCAGUUGCCAGAAAAAGACAAACUGAUCUGGAAGCAGAAGGCUCAGUAUCUGCAGCACAAACAGAACAAAGCUGAAGCCACAACUGUGAAGAGAAAAGCAUCCAGUGCAGAAGGUUCCAUGAAAGUCAGAGCCUCUUCUGUAGGAAUACUGUCACCCCAAAAGAAGUCCCCACCCACCACAAUGCUUUUGCCAGCUUCACCAGCCAAAGCUCCUGAAACAGAGCCCAUUGAUGUCGCUGCUCAUCUCCAGUUGCUGGGAGAGUCCCUCAGCCUCAUUGGACACCGCCUACAGGAGACAGAGGGCAUGGUAGCAGUAUCUGGAAGCUUGUCAGUGCUCCUAGAUUCCAUUAUCUGUGCUCUUGGCCCUCUGGCAUGCCUGACCACACAACUACCUGAACUGAACGGCUGUCCUAAACAGGUCUUGUCAAACACGCUGGACAACAUUGCAUACAUUAUGCCUGGACUGUGACUUCCAAGACGCCUGGGACAGAAGACUGUCUACCCCUUCGCUAGUUUAUGUAUAGAUGACUGUUCCAGACCCUCCACUGACCUCUGGGUGUAGGUUUUAAAUUUUUAUAAUCUAUAUAUANGUAUAUAAUGUACAGUAUAUACAUAGGAUUAUAACUACUUUGCUUUUAAUAAUUUUAUGAAAUGGCAAAGGUUUAGCUAAAAGGAAACUUUAGCAUGAAUGUGGGCUUGGAAUUAUUUUUUUGUGGAAAAAAAAUCUGCCUUAAAAAAAUCAGUGUAAUUUGGGGACUAGGGGCUUAUUCUGGGUGCCAUGUAUAUCUCCUCAUAGACUGCUAAAAUGUGAUUUUUUUUUUCCAAGCUUGGGUUUACCUCCAGACCCAUCACUGACCAUUUGCCUUACCUGUCUUAAAAUCAGAAAUGUAGUAAAGAUCUUGGGAGGAGGCCAGCUAACUACAAACUUUUUGACAUGGAGUAACCUGGGUGGGGAGGUGGAGCUUAGGUGGACUGGGUAGGGGACUCAUUCCAAUUCCUACUAAAGAGAUAUCUGUGUCUCCAGUUUUAUUGUAACCACGGUACCACAAAGAGUCAUCGGUACCAUCGAUAGCCUCAGUUAUGUGAUUCUUGGCAGCAGAGAAAUAAAUACCUUGGAGAAACCAAAGCUGUUGGUGCCACCUGUUGAACCUGCUUGUCUGGCCAGCAAGGCUUGGUGUAUAAAAACCAAAGCUGCCAUCUUCCACUAGCAGCAUUGGUUGCCCAACACAUCCUGAGAGAUUCUGCUGCUUAGCGGCUUGGUGGUUCUUGGAUCAGCUCUGGUUCCCCAGGUGGGUACACUGUGCUCUGCAUUCCACACAGAGCUGGAUCACAAAGAAGUUCUUGGUUCUCAGGAGGGUUAUCUAUAUGUGCGUGUGAGUGUAUAUUUUAAUUAUGUGUAUUUAACUCUUUAGAAUUUCUUAGAUUUUAAUUUAUCCUGUAAAUUUCUGUAUAUAUAAUUUAAUAACAAGCCUCCACCAGCAGGAGAUUGUGGAGCAUACAGAUUUGUCAUUUCUUAAUGUCUGUCUAAAAGCUCCAAGACGUCCAUAUGUUAAGGUGUUGUGACUCAGAAAGGAACUUCAUGGCCCUCAAUAAUGUUAGGAAAGUGAAAUAGAAAGGAAUGUCACCAUUCCUAAUUUCCCUUAUUCCCAAAGACCCAGACCUGCUUCCCCAUUAAAGAGAAGAUAGCUGAGUGCUCCAGGGUUGCUUGGGAACUCGGUGAGAGAUUCCCUUCCCUGCCAAAACCAAGCUGAGUUAAUAACCAUGCUUUCUUCUAAUGGCCUGGAUGGAACAAGGCAGCAUCACAGUAAACCUUUGGGGACCAUGUAGGCAGCUGGCAUCCUAGGGAACUCCUUCCCAUAGCCCGACUGCUGUCACAGCUAAGCUUCUCACAGGACUAUGUCAGCUCAGAGCCGUUUUGAGAUUUAAUCUGAGAAAUAGGGAAAGGAACAGGAAUAUGUGGGAACUGAAAUCAAGCAGAGCAGAAAUUUCUAUUUGAGUUAACAUGUCAGAACCUCAUUUGACCCUGCAGAAGUUUCCUGUGAGAAAUGGUAUCAAGGAGAGGCCAGGGAAGACAUGUGUUGUAGAGGAAGCAGCCAGUCCUCCAUUGCCCUUGCUACAGACAGUAGUGAACUCCUAAGGAGAACCGGCUUUUUCGGGUUUGUUUUCCUCUGAAGCCUAGCCCUGUUGUAUUUGUAUUAAAGAUUUGUACACAUUUGUAUAAUAAUCUGUACCUUGUGGUAUUUGGUACUAUUAGAGGAAAAAUUUUGGAUUCAGGCCUUCUUGCUGUUUUUAUAUCAUUGUUUUAUUUUGUUUUUUAAAUAAAUCCUAGUGGUUUGAUCCAAAUCCUAUUACAGUUGUAUAAAGAAACAAUAUUUUGUACCUAUAUUAAAGAUCUCAUUUUUAAUAUUUAUA